AUGACAUUACUCAAUAUUGACGAAUGUGUUGGUUAUUCUGGACCUGACAAGUGUGAGCAGAAUUGUACAAAUACUGAUGGGUCGUUUAAUUGUAACUGCUUCGAUGGCUAUGAAUUAAAUCGAAAUGGCCAUUCAUGCGAUGAUAUAGAUGAAUGCAGCAGAGGUACUAAACUAUGUAAGAAGACCGAAAUAUGUGUGAAUACUUUGGGAAACUCGUCAUGUCUUUGUGCACCGGGUUAUCAAAGAGAUGAAAGUAAUGAUUGUAAGAAAAUAGACGGAGGGUCGUAUGCCGGAUCUAUAGAAUUUGAAAUGAUUCAAGUCGGAGAAAAAGUAGAGAACGAUUCGAUCAAGGAUACAGGAUCUCUCGUUCAGAAAAAACUGACGUACGGAUUUAAUGGAUCUUCUUUUCUCAACGUUGAUGUUGUCGGACUCACUGUCAUUCAAAAUCACACGAAGUAUCGCCUACAAGCAACAUUCAUUGUACAUGUCAAAUUAAAGACAUUUAAUGGAACAGUCAUUAAAAAUAUUCUGUCAAAAUCAUUUCGUGAAAACUAUAAAAACGGCAACAAAACAGAUUUAGGACAGGGAAUCUCUUUUAAUAUGCAACCAAUAAAUUUUAAAGUCUUAAGUAAGGGUUUAUGUACAAUACCUGAACGUGUAGAAUGUGAUGUAAGAAGCACAGACUGUGAAGAUACGGGUGGUGAAACAAGAUGCCAUUGUAAAACUGGAUUCAAAACAGUUCCUAAUAGUAAUAAAUUUUGUGAAGUGAGUGUGUUACAUUAA